AUGUACGAUUUCUAUUCCACGAACUUCGCCGCGUAUCAGCCGCCAUCUUACCCCAACGCGUACGUUUACGGCGGUCCUGAUAUGAACGCACCGUGUAACUACCGCUUCUCAAACUAUGGAUACCACACUGGGCCAAGCUAUCAAGCGCAGUACGAGCGUGUCCCGAUCCCAAAUCCAGUCGCCAGUCAUACCCAUGCACAGAGCAUGAAAAUGGUUGCCGAUAGCACGCCCUCAAAGGGAGAGAUUUUAACGACAACUCUUCGUCAUUUUCCUCCCACUCCACCGCCUAUUAUGAACUCCAUUAGCGGCUGUAGCGAUGGGCCGUUAAGAAAGACAUGCAACGUGGAUAAACUUCUUGAGGAGCUCAGCGAUGAAGGUAAAGUGACAAUGAUUGUGUUUAUAGUUUUUAGAUUGAAUACGCAAACUGAAUUAGGAUAAUAGUUUCCUAUAUCUUUUUUAAAUGUUGUUUUAUACUCGACCUUGUGAACUGUUCAUUGUGCACUUAGUUUUGAAACAGACUGCCCAGGUAUUAGCUUUCUAUUUUUCUAUCAAACAAGAGAACAGUAUGUAAUGUCCAUGAAAUGUUUUGUACGCGCGUCUCUCAAGAUUUCCAAAUGUUAUUGUCAACGCGUUAUUUUUGGAUGGAUAAACAACUAUGAAACUGACUUUGCUUCUCGCCUGUAAAUUCCUACUGAAACACUGAUUUAGUGAAUUUAGUUGCAGUUAAAUUUAUUGAAAUCCCUUUCUUUAUCUUCUUUCUCACAGCUUCUUUAAUUCUUUGUUAUGUCGCCUUUCUCUGGGAAAGACGAAAAGGAUCUUUACUCUGAAUUCAGUAUACUGUCUUAGUUCAAUUUGUUUUAAACUAGUUAAUUCAAAUUUAAUUGCCACUCACUUCAGUAUGAUAGAUAAAUAUACCGUCGUUAGAAAUGUGUGUGUGUGUCAGAGCUUACAGCACUCUCAAAUUCCAACCGAAAAAAGUGACCAAAAUCAGAACGACCAAAUCAUAUAAUCUGGGGCAAACAUAGAAGUUGCAAAUUGCUGUGUUUAACAGUGUCCGUGAAACUUAAGUUGGUAAAAUUAUAUUCACUUAAUAUGACUUCAUUACGGUACUAGCCUUUUAAAAGACAGUUUUCUACACAAUUGACAAGUCAUAUUAAGCGUCAAUAUGCCUAGUCGAAUUUCUUUCGCUGAACUUUCACUUCUCACGUAAGGGAUAUGAAUGGACCCGACUUUUCGAAGAAUGCUAUGGGUAUCGCCAUGAAUGAUCGAGGGGUUCGACACAUCUAGUUGCUACAAUACUUGUUCAUGUCUAUGAGAAGUAGGAGCUAUAAUCUGUGACUCGAACUAUAAGGGUAUAAACGCCCAAUUUUAAAAUUCAGCACUGACUUUGAAAUACUUGAGACAUACUAAAACUUUCAAAAAUAUUACACACUUAAAUAACCAUCUCGAUUGCUUUUGAGCAUGUCAUUUCUUGCCUUUUCUUCACGCUUUUAUCACGAGAAUAUGGCUCAAUCCACUAAGCUCAAUCAUGUGCCUUCUAAGUUCAGAUUUUUUUAGUCGUUUGAGUUCAGGUUUAGGCUAUGCUCAUAAGAGUUUGCCUUUGCUUUUGUUCGGAUCCCACUCUGGUCUCUGUAAUAAAGCAGAAACCCGAUCAGUCGAACUCCCAGCUAACUCGACCUAAGUCCCAUUUCAUUUCCCUUGCCAAGUUGCACCCCCCUUUUCAAUCUGUUUCAGUCAUUUUUACUCGGUUAACUCGAACUCGUAUAACUCGAAUUCCUCGCUAACUCCGACUAAUUUUCCUUUCCCUUCACCAAAAUUUAACUCGAAUUCGCUGAUGUUGUUUUCCCUUAAGUUAGAAUGUUAUAAAAGCAGACAGGAUGAUUGACAACAAUGAGUCCCUCUUGAUCUCAGUCCAAAAGAAUCUGCAAUCAUGAUAGAUCUGCUUGUUAUUGAUAAACAUUUUGCUAAAAAAUUUGGGAUACCCUUAAAGGAGUUGAGAGGGCGUCGGUACAAAAUUUGCAAGACAAACAUUUCGCUGACCAAUAUGUUUCGCCUAAGAAAUCCCUUGUCAUAUUGCAAAGGAUGACCGCUCCUAGGAGGUGUAGUACUUCUAAGCUUUGAGACUGUGGACGAAAUCCCUCCAUAUUACCAUUCGUAUGACGCCUCUUGAGCUCAGCACUUUUAUAUAUUAAUUUUUUCUACAAGAUUUUUUCACUGAGAUUAGGAAUUUUCCUAUAUUUUCACUUUGCCUUGUUUUAGAAAGGAAAAGUUUAAUAGGUGCAGUGGAUAAAAGGGUUUGAGAACACAAACGCACGUAAGCCAUUCUUGCUUAAAAAGUGUGCGAUAUUACAAGGAUAACAGUGGAUCACAGUUCAUGAACCUUUUUCUUCCGACGAAUAGGCGUAUACAGUAGGAUACCAGUUUUCCAAACCCUUGGUUUUUCGAAGUUUCCGAUUAUUCGAACCAAACCUAACUUACCCUCACCAGUCAAACACUGUAAUUUUGCGCUCAUUUUUCAAACCCUUCGAUAAUUCGAACCAGUUUGCUUUUCCUAGGGUGGUUUGAAGUGCCAUUGGGAUUCCAUUAAAUACAUAAAAAGUUUAUAGGGGGUUUGGGUCAAAGUUUGAUUUCUCACAAAACAUCCCAAUUUCCACACUGGUGAAACUCCCAUUUUAAGAAAGCUGUAUUCUUAGAAAACAACUUACUUCGUUUCUGGCAUAGUUUUAUUAUAUUUUUUUGCUUUUAUCUCCUGAAGAAAGUUUCUGGCAAUACUCUAAGAUUAACAUGAUGUAUCACUAAGUUGGAAAAAAGGGCAUUUUAGGGAAUUCAUACUAACUUUUGAAAUCUUGGUUUACAAUUUCUUUCAUAAGUAAUUCCUGAAUUUUAAAAUUUCCUCAGACGAAAAGACAGAAGCAAGCAAAAACAAAGCACGAAAAGAGAGGACGGUUUUCACCAAGUACCAACUUCAUGAGCUUGAAAGAGAGUUUGAAAGAAACAACUACUUGACAAGACUAAGGCGAUACGAAGUGGCGGUAAGCUUAGAUUUAACCGAGAGGCAAGUUAAGGUGUGGUUUCAGAACAGGCGUAUGAAGUGGAAAAGAGUUCGAGGCGGAGUGCCCCCAAGAAAGAUAGGUGUCGUGGAUCAUAUGGACUUAGCUGUUUGUUGA